UAGCUUCACUUGAGUGGAGCAAUAUGGCUGAUCACUCCUCACAUAGCCAAUUUAUUUUGUGAUUAUAAAAAUAAUUAGAUCUAUAUGUAUUAUACAAAAUGAUUGGGGGGUGUUUUGGGACUGAGUGGAUGCUGUCUGAGUCUUUUUUUAGCUAUGGUGUCGUGUCAGUAAAAAUAUAUUACAUCCGUAUUGUGCUGUGAGCGUGGCCAGGCAGUUUAGAUGACGUCACUUAAUUUAUUCAUGUGUGUGCCGCAAUGCCAGAUGGGGCGGCAAAUUCAAAUGUGCUCUUCUACUCUAUGUGACUGUGUACAUUGCUGCCUGGCCGGCCGCCCUGUUACUGCUGCACCUGAAGCUGCCACACAGUAGCAGCAGCACAGGACAUGUGACAGGAAGACAGAGCGGGCAGCUAGUCGCCCCUGCCUGUCCCCAUCACGAUUGCCUCUCAGCAGUGACAACCUCGGCAGAGUGUUCCUGGGCCAGGCUCCCAGCAGCGCUGUGCACUAGUGAUUCAUGCGCUCGCUGGGACCGGUGCAAAGACUGCAGUUCGCCGGCGGGUAGCCUGAUCUGUGUAACCCGCUGGAUCUGCAGUGACUGGCUUCCACUACCUGCGGAGGCAUGAGAAUCGGAGGUUACCAGCAGCUACUGGGGAUCCUCUGUGACCCUAUCUCCCGCUCUAUGCUCCUCCUCUACCUGACACUCCAAGAGCCGGGAGGGCACCGGCCACCUGUACCGCCCCCUGCUGAUGACAGUAUUUUGGGUGUGGGUGGGUUACUAUGGUGCGAGUGCCGGGCAGGAGGCACAGGACACAUGCCCACUGUCAGCGCUCGUCAUAUGCUCCAGAGUCCUGGCCCUAGCUAUAGGCAACUACCUAGGACAUGGGGAAAUCCUAGGGCCUGCAGAGCAGCACGGCAUACUACUGUCAGUGUCAGCACAGCUGUGAAAGUGAAACUACAGAGGAGUCCGAUCAGGGGGCGUGGCUACACGGGUCACUGCUGCCUUCCUGCAAUGUGGGAAACUGAGGGGAGGAAUGGCUCUGAGCUGCAAUACUGGACAUUGUGAUAUGCUGCCAUGUAAUUGUCAUGUGUUAAGCAGCUGCCCGGGAUCUGCCACCACGAGGAGCCUGACUGCCAGCGAGGAGAGAUGGUAAGUAUUUAUCUCUCUCUCUCUCUCUCUCUCUCUCUAAUAUGUCCUAGAGGAUGCUGAGGACUCCAAAAGGACCAUGGGGUAUAGACGGGAUCCGCAGGAGACAUGGGCACUUUAAGACUUUAAAUGGGUGUGAACUGGCUCCUCCCUCUAUGCCUCAGUUAGAUUCUGUGCCCAGAGAGACUGGACACACACUAGGGGAACUCUACAGAGUUUCUCUAGAAAAGACUUUUGUUAGGUUUAUUAUUUUCAGGGAGCACUAUUGGCAACAGGCUCCCUGCAUCGUGGAGCCGCGCCGCUGUCCCCCUCACAGAGCCUGAAGAAAGAAGCCGGGUGAGUAACAUAAGCAAAGAAGACUUCAGUGAAGGCGGCAGAAGACUUCAGAUCUUCGGAGGUAUCACGCAGCGGUCACGCUGCACGCCAUUCCUCCCACACACAAGCGGCACUAAAUGGGUGCAGGGCGCAGGGGGGGCGCCCUGGGCAGCAAUUAAACCUCUUUUAAGGACAGGCACAGCAGUAUACAGUGCAUAGGCACUGUAUACAGACCCCCGCCAGUAUAAAUAAAAGGGGGACACUAGCGCGCCAUUUAGGGGGCGGGGCUUCGUCCUCCAGCUCUAAUCAGCGCCAUUUUCUCUUCACAGCAAGCUGGUCAUGGCCCUUCACUUCUGUCACAAGUAACAGGGUGCAAAAACAGGGGCGGUGCACAGCAAAUUUGGUGUUGUAUAUAUUUAUAUAUAAAAGUGCUGCUAGGUCUGGGACAUUGUAUAUUCCUUCAGACCGGGUGAGGCGCUGGUCGUCAGCUGGCAUACUUUCUCUCUGAAGGACCUUACUGUGGGUCUGUCCCCUAUAGCCCAGUGUGUUAGUGGGUGUCGGUACGUGUGUGUCGACAUGUCUGAGGCUGAAUGCUCUUCCCAGGAGGAAGCUGGUGUGGGGGCGGAACAGAAUGUGGGAGUAAAUCUGUCCGCACCGCCGACUGCUGAUUGGGUAGAUAUCUGGAGUGUCUUAAAUGCAUGUGUGGCUUUGUUGCAUAAAAGAUUAGACAAAUCUGAGUCUCAGAACCAAGCAUGGAGACAAUCAAUGGGAGAUGUUUUGUCACAAACUCAGACCCCCUCGGGGUCACAGAAAUGUUCGUUUACCCAGAUAGCAGACACAGAUACAGCCACGGAUUCGGACUCCAGUGUCGACUAUAGUGAUGUCAAAUUGAAUCCUAAACUGGCUAAGAGCAUUCAGUACAUGAUUGUGGCAAUAAGGGACGUAUUACAUAUCCCUGAGACAAGGGUCUGUAUGUAUAAGGGAAAGAAACCUGAGGUAACAUUUCCUCCCUCUCAUGAACUGAAUACUCUUUUUGAAAGGGCUUGGGAAAAUCCUGAUAAAAAGUUACUGAUUCCCAAGAGAAUUUCUAUGGCAUAUACUUUUCCCUCUGAGGAUAGGGUAAGGUGGGAAUCCUCACCCACGGUGGACAAAGCUCUAGCACGGUUGUCCAAGAAGGUGGUGCUACCGUCCCCUGACACUGCAGUCCUAAAGGAUCCUGCGGAUCGUAAGCAGGAAACUACCUUGAAAUCUAUUUAUGUCACUAUGGGUAUGCUGCUCAGGCCGGCCGUGGCAUCGGCAUGGGUGAGUAGCGCUAUUGAAAAGUGGGCAGAUACCUUGUCAUCUGAAAUAGACACCAUGGAUAGGGAUAGCGUGCAUUUGAAGCUGGGUCAUAUUAGGGACGCAGCGGUCUAUUUAAAGGAGGCUGCGAGAGAUAUUGGCCUCUUGGGAUCAAGGGCCAAUGCCAUGGCAAUCUCAGCUAGGAGAGCGUUGUGGACUCAUCAAUGGAAUGGUGAUGCUGACUCUAAAAAGGCUAUGUAGGCUCUGCCCUAUAAAGGUGGCGUUUUGUUUGGUGAAGGCCUCGCGGACCUGGUAUCUACAGCUACUGCGGGUAAGUCAUCUUUUCUACCUUUUGUCCCUCCACAGCAAAAGAAAACGCCUCAGUAUCAGAUGCAGUCCUUUCGGUCUAAUAAAUUCAAAAAAGGACGAGGGUCCUCCUUCCUUGCCGCUAGAGGUAAGGGAAGGGGAAAAAGAUCGCCGGCUGUGGCAAGCCCCCAGGAGAAGAAGUCCUCCCUGGCUUCUACCAAGUCCACCGCAUGACGCUGGGGAUUCGCUGCGGGAGUCCGCACCAGUGGGGGCACGUCUUCAGCUCUUCAGUCGGAUCUGGGCUCAAUCAGGCAUGGAUCCUUGGGUGCUGGAAAUUGUGACCCAAGGGUACAAACUGGAGUUUCAAGACGGGCCCCCUCACCGAUUUUUCAAAUCGGUCUUGCCAGCUUCUCUUCUGGAAAGGGAAGUAGUGUGCGCUGCAAUACAUAAGCUAUGUCAACAACAAGUCAUUGUCGCGGUACCCCCGUCACAACGGGGAGAAGGGUUUUAUUCACGCCUGUUCGUGGUCCCAAAGCCGGAUGGCUCGGUCAGACCGAUUCUGAACUUAAAAUCCCUCAAUCUGUAUUUGAAAGAUUCAAAUUCAAAAUGGAAUCUCUCCGAGCAGUGAUAUCCAGUCUGGAAGGGGGGAUUUUAUGGUGUCAGUCGAUGUUUACCUACAUGUCCACAUAUAUACUCCACAUCAAUCUUACCUGAGGUUUGCUGUUCAGGAUUGUCAUUACCAAUUUCAGACGUUGCCGUUUGGGCUUUCCAUGGCUCCGAGGAUUUUCACUAAAGUAAUGGCGGAAAUGAUGGUGCUCCUGCGAAAGCACGGUGUCACAAUUAUCCCGUACUUGGACGAUCUCCUGAUAAAGGCGAGAUCAAAGGAGCAGUUACUAAGAAACGUUGCGCUCUCCCUGACAGUGCUGCAACAACAUGGUUGGCUCCUGAAUUUGCCAAAGUCACAGUUGGUUCCGACAACACGGAUGUCAUUCUUGGGCAUGAUUCUGGACACGGACCUGCAGAGAGUUUUUCUCCCGGUGGAAAAAGCUCUGGAAAUCCAGAACAUGGUCAAAGGGAUUCUGAAACCGGCAAGAGUGUCGAUUCAUCAAUGUACUCAGGUGCUGGGGAAGAUGGUGGCGGCCUACGAGGCCAUUCCGUUUGGCAGUUCCAUGCCAGGGUGUUUCAGUGGAACCUGUUGGACAAGUGGUUCGGGUCUCACCUGCACAUGCACUGGAAAACAAGCCUAUCUUCCAGGAACAGAGUUUCUCUCCUGUGGUGGCUCCAAAGUUCUCACCUCCUAGGGGGACGCAGGUUCGGGAUCCAGGAUUGGAUCCUGGUGACCACGGAUGCAAGUCUCCGAGGCUGGGGAGCGGUCACACAGAGGGAAAUUUUCCAUGGAAAAUGGUCAAGCCAGGAAGCUUGUCUGCACAUAAACAUUCUGGAAUUAAGAGCCAUCUACAACGGCCUUCUACAAGCGGAACAUCUCCUGUUGGACAACAUAACAGCAGUGGCGUACAUAAACCACCAAGGCGGAACAAGAAGCAGAGCAGCGAUGGCGGAGGCCACAAGAGUUCUCCGCUGGGCGGAAAAACAUACAGGCGCUCUCUCGGCGGUCUUCAUUCGAGGCGUGGACAACUGGAAAGCAGAUUUCCUCAGCAGACACGAUCUCCAUCUGGAGAGUGGGGUCUUCAUCAAGAGGUCUUUGCAGAAGUGACAAGUCAUUGGGGAAUUCCUCAAAUAGACAUGAUGGCGUCUCGCCUCAACAAGAAACUUCAGAGAUAUUGUUCCAGGUUGAGGGACCCUUAAGCCAGUGCGGUGGAUGCCCUGGUGACGCCCUGGGUGUUUCAGUCGGUCUAUGUGUUUCCUCCACUACCACUCAUUCCAAAGGUGAUAAGCCUCAUAAGAAGAACAGGGGUUCAGGCGAUACUCUUUGUUCCAGAUUGGCCACGGAGGGCCUGGUAUCCGGAUCUUCAGGAACUGCUCAUAGCAGAUCCCUGGCCUCUUCCUCUAAGAGAGGAUCUGUUACAGCAAGGGCCGGUUGCGUUUGACGGCAUGGCGGUUGAACGCCAGAUCUUAGCCCGGAAGGGUAUUCCCGGUGAAGUCAUCCCUACACUGCUUAAAUCAAGAAAGGAGGUAACGACGAAGAAUUAUCACUGUAUUUGGAGAAAAUACGUGUCUUGGUGUGAAGCCAAGAAGGCUCUUACGGAAGAAUUUUAGCUGGGUCGUUUUCUACAUUUUUUGCAGGCCAGUGUGGAUGCGGGCCUAAAGUUGGGCUCCAUUAAAGUCCAUAUUUCGGCCUUAUCGAUUUCCUUUCAAAAAGAAUUGGCCUCCCUUCCGGAAGUUCAGACUUUCGUGAAGGGUGUGCUGCACAUCCAACCUCCAUUUGUGCCCCCGGUGGCACCAUGGGACCUUAACGUGGUGUUGCAGUUCCUUAUGUCACAUUGGUUUGAACCUUUACAGAAGGUUGAGUUAAAAUUCCUCACUUGGAAAGUGGUCAUGCUAUUGGCCUUGGCAUCCGCAAGAAUUAGUGGCCUUGUCUCACAAGAGUCCCUAUUUGAUCUGCCAUGUGGAUAGAGCGGAAUUACGAACUCGUCAACAAUUUCUACCAAAGGUGGUUUCUUCAUUUCACAUGUACCAACCUAUUGUGGUGCUUGUGGCUACUGAAGCUUUGGCUGAUUCAAAUUCUCUCGAUGUAGUCAGAGCUUUGAAGAUUUAUGUCGCCAGAAUAGCUCGUAUUAGGAAAACAGAGGCACUGUUUGUCCUGUAUGCUCCCAACAAGAUUGGGGCUCCUGCUUCUAAACAGACUAUUGCACGUUGGAUAUGUAAUACGAUUCAGCAUGCGCAUUCUAUGGCUGGAUUGCCGUUACCGAAAUCGGUGAAGGGCCAUCGGUGAAGUGACAGAACGGGACCCGGGAACGGAGGAGACCGGCUGCUGCAGGAGAAGCGCGCGGACUGAAGGAGAAGGAAGACGCGGCGGACUGAAGGAGACGGAGGACGCGGACACAGAGGACCAGGCCUGAGGUUGUGGAAGGAAGAGACGCGGUCACCGGCGGCAGGUAGUUACCUGCCCCCGGCGGUAAGUGUAAAACACACAGCCUAUGACCACACAACCCAGAGCCGCACAUAAGAGGGGACUGACAGGCGGGACGCCGCACUAGUCAUACCCCAAACAUUCAAAUAGGACGCAGUUCAGAGGGCACAUAGGCAUCCACCACACCUAUGGUAAAGGUGACCCACAGGGUACACCUGACAUUUACCUGAGCUGGGGUCCAAUCGGUAUACCAAUAGGAAGGUAUACCUUGCAAAGGGUAGUCUGCAGGACACACCUGACAGUGGUGAAGGAACUGUGGGACAAGGACCAAACACAAUAUUGAAAUUAGGAUGCUGACCUAAUCAUAUCUAAUUUACAAAUAAAGAGUUCAGAUAGAAACCAUAUCAGAUUGAUCAUUGGUGCAAAACCUACAAUCAGGCGCAAACAGUCAACACAAUCACUUAUCCAAGUACCACUCCCAUACCGCAAUACCCUAUAUUCCCAUUUUUCCCUUAUAUCCCCCCCAGAGCGCGCUGACCAUGCCAAAUCAUACCAGAAAGGUGGGCUUAUCUUGGGCGGCUGCCCGAGGGGUCUCGGCGUUAUAGCUUUGCCGAGUAGCUACUUGGUCGGGUUCAAACACUUUUGCAAAAUUCUACAAGUUUGAUACCCUGGCUGAUGAGGACCUCAUGUUUGCUCAAUCGGUGCUGCAGAGUCAUCCGCACUCUCCCGCCCGUUCUGGAGCUUUGGUAUAAUCCCCAUGGUCCUUUUGGAGUCCCCAACAUCCUCUAGGACAUAGGAGAAAAUAGGAUUUUAAUACCUACCGGUAAAUCCUUUUCUCUUAGUCCAUAGAGCAUGCUGGGCGCCCGUCCCAGUGCGGACUUUGGGGGUCAUUCCGAGUUGAUCGCUCGUUGUUUUUUUCCGCAACGGAGCGAUCAGUCGCUAACGCGCAUGCACAAUGUCCGCAGUGCGACUGCGCCAAGUAAUUUUGCUAUGCAGUUAGGUAUUUUACUCACGGCAUUACGAGGAUUUUUCUUCGUUCUGAUGAUUGGAGUGUGAUUGACAGGAAGUGGGUGUUACUGGGCGGAAACUGAGCGUUUUAUGGGUGUGUGUGAAAAAACGCUGACGUAUUUUUUAAAAACGCGGGAGUGGCUGGAGAAACGGGGGAGUGCCUGGGCGAACGCUGGGCGUAUUUGUGACGUCAAACAGGUACGAUACUGACUGAACUGAUCGCAAUGGCAGAGUAAGUCUCGAGCUACUCAGAAACUGCUAAGAAGUGUGCUAAUCGCAAUAUUGCGAAUCCGUCGUUCGCAAUUCUAAGAAGCUAAGAUUCACUCCCAGUAGGCGGCGGCUUAGCGUGUGUAAUGCUGCUAAAAGCAGCUUGCGAGCGUACAACUCGGAAUGACCUCCACUAUCUGCAGUUCUUGCUAUAGUUAUUGCUUAUGUUACACAAAAGUUCUGUUUCAGUUGUGAUCAGCCUGUUGCUGAUUUUGGUUCAUUCCGUUAACUGGUAUUUGGUUAAAAGCCAUGUUGUACGGUGUGUUGUGGUGUGAGCUGGUAUGUAUCUCACCCUUAGUUAACAAAAAUCCGUUUCCUCAAAAUGUCCGUCUCCCUGGGCACAGUUCCUAUAACUGAGGUCUGGAGGAGGAGCAUAGAGGGAGGAGCCAGUUCACACCCAUUUGAAGUCUUAAAGUGCCCAUGUCUCCUGCGGA